CCCCUUCCUACGGAGCGGUGCCCCGGAAGCGCUGCCGGCUCCCGCAGCACCUCCGGGUCGGGUCCGGCCGCUCCGGGAUGGGGAUGGGAACGGCGGCGGGGCUGCUGCUGCUGUGCUGCGGGGUGCUGGCGCUGGCAGACGAUGGCAGCAUGGUGCAGCUGCCCGGAGGCACCUUCCGGAUGGGAUCCGGCUCCCUGCAGAGGAGCGGCGAGGAGGGACCCGCCAGGGAGGUGACACUGAAGCCGUUUGCUCUGGACAAACACCCGGUGACAAACAGGGACUUCAGGGAGUUUGUCAGAGAAAAGAAAUACAAAACAGAAGCAGAAGCAUUUGGCUGGAGCUUUGUCUUUGAGGAUUUCGUAUCUGAAGAGCUGAAAAAAAAAGUCACCCAAAAGCUGGAGUCAGCCCCGUGGUGGCUGCCCAUAGAGAAGGCAUUUUGGAGACAGCCCUCAGGCCCUGGCUCCAGCAUCAAGGACAGGCUGGAUUACCCAGUGCUGCACGUGAGCUGGAAUGAUGCUCAGGCUUUCUGUGCCUGGAAAGGGAAGCGGCUGCCGUCGGAGGAGGAGUGGGAAUUUGCUGCCAGGGGAGGACUGGAACAAAGGAUGUAUCCUUGGGGAAACAAGUUCCAGCCAAACCGUACAAACCUGUGGCAGGGCGCCUUCCCUCGGGGGGACACGGCUGAGGACGGCUACCACGGCGUCUCCCCAGUGACAGCCUUCCCUGCCCAGAACAGCUACGGGCUCUAUGACCUGCUGGGAAACACCUGGGAAUGGACAGCAUCAGAAUUCCUGACUCCAGGAAGGGCACCCAGGGCUCAGAACAUGCAGGUGCUGAGAGGAGCCUCGUGGAUUGACACUGCGGAUGGCUCUGCAAACCACAGAGCUCGUGUCACCACCAGGAUGGGGAACACAGCAGACUCUGCCUCUGACAACCUCAGCUUCCGCUGCGCUGCCGACAUCCCGCCCGUGGCAGCCUGGAACAGCCAGAGCAAACCCGAGCUCUGAGCUCACCAGGAGCACCUCAGACAUUUUCUCCUGUGGAGAUGAACAGUAACCCCCAGCUGUCACUUCAAUUAAACCCCAGUUGUUUCUCAAAAAUAAUUUCAACCUUUUCAAUGCUGGCGUGUGUGGGUGGGAGCUGUGAUUGGGAUGGCAGGAAGGGGGGUUUGUCUUUAGGGUCAUUUUGGUGUGGGGGAUCCCACAGCUCUCCUGUCCAUGUAGAGCAGAGGGGUGCAUGUGUGGGACUGGGCCAGAGCUGCUCUGACCUGCAGCCCCAGCAAGGGGACACCCACAGCCCCCUGUGACCAUCAGUGUGGGGCUGCCAGGGGAAAAGUGAUGGGGGCACAUCCCUGGAAGUGAGAGUCAUGAUCAGUCCCCACUCCCUUGGGAAGCCCCAGCUUUGGAGCAGUGCUAAGCCUUCCCAGAAGUAAAACAAGGCACCUUCAUUGGCAUUUGAGCAGUGAGAAGAUGAUGUGUGUGAGAGAUGGCACAAACCAGUGCCCUGACUCUCCCAGCACAAAAUCUGAGG